AUGGGGCAUGCAAUUCACAAACAGAUUGACGCAGCGUCCACUGUGUUGCAUGCACUGUGCCGGUCCAUUCUGGUGUGGUUCCAGAAUCGGAGAGCCAAGUGGAGACGUCAAGAAAAGAUGGACACCAACACCAUGAAGCUCCAUGACUCCCCCAUGCUGUCAUUCAAUCGCCCCCCAAUGCCUCCUAAAGUUGGGCCGAUGGCCAACCCGAUGCCACUAGAUCCUUGGCUGAGCUCGCCCAUUUCAAGUGCCACGCCCAUGCACAGCAUCCCAGGCUUCAUGGGCUCACCGCAGGCCCUGCAGCCUACCUAUUCAAGCCAUAGCUUCCUUAACAGCGCACCUGGAAUGGUCCAAAGUAUGCAGCCCAUGGGUCCACCACCCUAUCAGUGUCCUCCCAGUUUCAGUGAUAAAUAUCCCAUGGAGGAUGACAGGAGUUCCAGCAUUGCAGCACUCAGGAUGAAGGCUAAAGAGCACAUUCAGUCGAUGGAUAAAACCUGGCAGCACAUGUAAAAUCAUAGAUGAAUAAGAACAAAUUAACUAACGUGAAUGUUUACAACCUGUUUUUGGUUUCAUGCAAGACUGAAAGGGACACAAAAUACCAAAGAUGUAAGAACUGUCACUAAUGUGCAACGCUCAGACGUGUUCAUUUUUGAUCAAACUAUUUUUAGCCUCAAGAAAC